AGCCGUGCAACUCAACGUUUGCUGACCCCCUCCGUGCUUUUUCCAGGGUUGGGCACUCUUUGCUUAAUGGGAACGCAGGGGUUUUACACUCAACGACUCGGACGCAUUGCCAAGAGAGGUGGAGGGACUCCUCCAGAACCUGCUCGCUCACGUUAUCUUCUAUAUAAUUCCCCCUCCGGCUCUUUCGCUAGCUGCGGCUGCACUUUUUCUUUUAUUGAUUCUACCCCGACAGGGCCGGCUUUUGGCGUCGCACGGUUUUCGCUGCCAACAAACGGGUCAGCUUCUUCUUCUUAAAAAAAAACUGUUUUUUUUUCUCUUGCCCACAACCCUUUUGUUGUUUGCUUGACGUCUCCCUCCAGCCAGCAUUACCAUAAUAAAUAGAGAGGGGAAAACGGACAUAGUUGGACUUCUGCGUUGUCUCUCCCGAUCUCUGCUUCUAUACACCGUCCACUCCACACACACACGCCCACGUACACACACACAUACGGAAUACAACAACAACAAAGACACAUAUAUCUUUGCUGCUGAAAAAUUCAAGAGUUUUUGAAGUAUUGUUUUCGCACUCACACCACCAACAACAGCGGAAGAAUCAAAGCGAACAAAGAACCGCGGUCGCUGCACUGUCACCAUGCAGCGCACCGUCGCUGUUCUCUGCGGUGGUGGGCCCUACCACGUCCCCACGCUCGCCCGCGUCGCCCUCUUCCCCAUCCACCUCGAUCCCCCGACCCGCCAGCACCGUGAGCUGUUUCGCCUGCUGCUCGGUGCGCCGGACCUCGCCACGCUUUCACAGCCACCACCCCUGGCUGCGGUGGCGACGCCUGCGAUGUCGAUGGCACCCCCCAGCUCGUCUGGCACCGCACGGACUUCACAGUCUGCCUCGGCGGGCUCGCCGGUCUCGGCCGCCGCCGGGUUGAAAGGGAAGCUCCAGAGCUUUAUGCAACGACAAAAGGGCGUCGGCGAGGGCGGCCCCUCCAUUGGAGGCAGCUCCACACCUUCCUCCAGCGGCGCCGUCGCCCCUGCGGCGAACUUCCUCGACGCGGACCCGAUCUUCUGCGGCUCCUCCUCUCCGUUUUGGUACAUGGAGGCCUUCGCCACGAGUCUGCGCGAGGACAGCCAACUCGCCCCCUUUGACGACAUUAUUUUGAUCCCCAACACGCGCGGCCCGGUGAGUCUGCGGCAGUCGACGCACCUCGCCGCGCUGGCCGUCCUCGCCACCCGCGGCCUGGCACACGUCCAUGUCGACUUCACCGCCCUCGAGCAUCCUGAUGAGUCGAUGCCGAUCAUCUACGAACUUGUCUGCAAGUACACGAACUGCGUCCUCAUGCACUGGCUGCAGGACGCCUACGAGAUGCAGAACUGGAGCCACUUCGCGGAGUUCAAGAACACCGUGCCGAUGUUGCUGCUGCAGACACAGAGUUACCCCCCACGUGCGCUGGAGCGGCAGCGGCCCCUCGGCAGCGUAUCGCGACUCCCCUCUCGCCAGUACCACUCCCCCCCCAGCCCCUACGUGCGCAGCCCCGCGGAGGCGGCGUACUACCGCAGUGCGGAGCAAUUUAUGCACGCCUCCAUGAUGAUGCGGCGGCGCAACCCGUCCCCGAUGGCGCUGGUUGGUGGGGGCGACUACGUGGACACGGACAUGCGAGAGCGCUACGAGAGCGCCUCCCUGGUGAACCGGGAGACGGACUACUUCGAUGACGUACCGGACGGCCCACCGAACCAUCGCCGGGCGGAGGAGAUGGCGGUGGUGUCAUCAUCUUCUUCCACGGGUGCGGCGGCGUGGCGGGGGGAGGAGUCCGAAGCGGCGCGCGGGACGCCGCCGCCUACAGCGCAUGAGAGGGCCUUCGUCCGCUCCCCGCUGCUGCGUGGGGGGCAGACAACGACUCGCACGGCCUCCACAACCACGCCUGGAGGGCCAAACCGUAGUAGUGGUGGUAGCAGCAGCAGCAGUACCGUCGUGCCGCGGUCCGCGUCGACCGGACGCGAUCGGCUCGGCCUGAGCUACGCUGACUGUGCGAAGGGUCGCUGGUGGAACACACCUGGUGGCCGCGGCGAUGACGAGGUGGAGCUGAGCCGGGCCUACUGGAGCUCGACGAGCAGCAGCUGGUUGGGCGGCGGCGGCACGGGGGCGACGUCGUCGCUGCCGGACUGGAUGGAGGAGGUCGGGGCAACGGCCAAGGCGAACACGAGGAACCAUCGCCGCACCACAGAGCACCACGCGUCGUCGACACAGAUCUCGGACCCGGCCCUGGCGGAGGAGGCAGAUGAGAACGUGCGGGGCGGCGGGGCAGCCGCAACCGCCGCCGCAGCGCCGCCGAACGGGGAGCGUGACGCGCAGGGUCUGGACACGGUGGUGUCAGAUGACGGCUUUGCGCUCGCCGUGGAGGAGCAGCACGGCGAACAUGUGGAUGUCGGCGACGACGCAGGGACAACGUCGGAGAGAGACAACGAAGCAUCUCCGCAGGUGAUGUCUUCCCUGUCGAGCGAGUCGGUGGCGCGUGAGAGCGCCGACGAGGACACCCGCAAGCGCUACCUCACUCGCGAGAUCGAAGACGUGCGGAAGAUGUUGGACGGGAUGCUGCGCCUUUCCGGCGUCGCCUCCGCGGCAUCUUCAUCUUCAGCAACAGCAGCCGCCGCCGCCGCAGCUGGAGCCGCGUCGGAGAACGCAAAAAGCAUGCCGCUCUCUUCACAGGGAGGGGCGGCAACGAGCAGCAGCAGCAACUCCACCGUUAGCGGUGCUUUGAGUAAAUUCGGGCCUGCACGGGCGCCUGGUCGCGACUUUGGUCUCUAUGAGGCGCACCACCACGAUGCCCACGGCCACAACCGUCGCCGCCACCGCUCCGUUCGCCAGCUCAUCGAGGAGCUCUUUCCACCCCGUGUGUACGGGCAACCCGCCACGGCUGCCGCUGCUGGGCCCACGGCGAUCGGGGCUGUAGAGGAUGGCAUUCGCGAGUACUACGGUGGAAAUCAUGCAGCAGCUGCUGCUGCUGCAGCGAGUGGAAGUGGCAGUGGUCGGCUGUCACGAGCCGUGUCCUCUGCGUCUAUCUUCAAUACCGCCGUCAAGAUAACACCGACCCAUCUCGAACGCACGCAACAAGGUGGGCUGAAUCGCAGCAGCAGGAGCGACGGUGACGCCAGCAAAAGCAAGAGGGAUGAAGAAGGCAGCCGGAUCAGCACCAUUCCCAGCUCCGUCACGGACGGCGACGUGUACUCGUGGAUCGACUCGCCGUUGGUGGAGGUCCACCCCAUCACGCGCAGCACCGGCGCCGAUGUCCGCCAGGCCCUGUGGGAGCAGGAGAUCCACCCCUCCUCUAUCCUCACGGACUGCGUGCAGCGGUACAUGGAGGGGCACGGGCUCUACCGCGACCCCCGCAAGGCGACGGCGGCGUCGCUCUACGCCGGUGUGGGGGCGAACGACUUCAGCGGCUCCGCCCGCAGCGGUGGUGGGGUCGGCGGCCCAGGCGGCCAGCUCGGUGCGGCGGCCGAAGUCAGCGGCGGUUUUCGCGACCCGGCGACGGCCGGCAGCGGCAGCGCAGGCAGCAGCGGCGGUGGCGGAGUGGGGGUCAGCAGCAGUGCGGUGGGUAAUACCAUCAUGGACGGCCGCACCGGUGUCCGCCGCGUUGCGCCGCGUGACACGUCGACGCUGUUCUUCCCGGGCUUAAUCCCCCGGCUGGAGCUGCACUACGACCGCAACAACCUCCUCGCGCGGGAGCAGUUUGAGAAGCUGCGCCUCUUCCAGUGCCAGGACGGCGAGGAGCCAGAUUUGAUUGUACCGAUUGGCGGGGAUGGGUACAUGAUGCACUGCAUCCGCAAGAACUGGCGCCGCUUUAUCCCUUUUUACGGCGUCAACGCCGGCCAUGUCGGGUACUUGCUGAACGAUCGAUCAACGCUGGAGGAACUCUUCUCCUCUCCAUUGAAGUUGCACUUUACCACAAUGCUCUACUGCCAAGCAGAGAAGGAAGGCGACACCGGCGAGCGCAUGCUUCUCUCCGAGCUCGCCUUCAACGACGCCUGGGUGGAGCGCUCAAGCGGGCAGACGGCCCUCAUUCGCAUCUUGGUGAACGGGCAGGAGCGCAUUCGACGUCUGCGCGGCGACGGCGUGCUCGUAUCCACCGCGGCCGGCAGCACCGCGUACAGUCAGGCGUUGGGGGCCUCGCCGGUGCCUGUGGGUGCCCCGCUGAUACAAGUCGUGGGCAGCAACGUCGUCUCCCCCGCGCAGUGGCGACCCGCGCAUUUAGACCAGGAAGAUCAGGUGGAGUUUGAGGUGAUCGACAGCACCAAGCGACCGUGCCGGUGCUACGUCGACUCCGUGGACGUGGGCAAUGUCACGCGGCUGCUUGUCCGGUCCAGCCGCGUGGCCGGAGUGACGCUGGCCUUCUCCAAGAGCUGCGAUCUGCAGCACAAGCUGUACCACAUGCAGUUCCCCAAGACGCUGUGA